AUGAUCAGAAACAGUCGGGUUAAGUUUAAUAAAUUAAAUUAAUUAAUUUAAUAAAGAAAAAAUUAAAAAAAAAAAAAUUAAUUAAAAAAAUAAGAGAGGGAAAUUUUUUAGUGUACAAUAAAGAAUUCUAAAUUCUAAAUUAAAAAAAAAAUAAAUUAUUGGAAAAUAUUCUUUUUAAUUAAGUUAAAUGCACGAUUUCGAAUCAAAAUCAAAGUUUAAAUAAAAAAUUUUAAAAAUUAAUUGUGUUAAAAUAAAAAAUAAAAUUAUUAAACAUUUUUCUGAAAAAAAAAAAUUCUUAAAUUUUUUAGUAUUUAAUUCUUAAUAAAAAUAUUUGCAAAUAAUAAAUAAAGUGAAAAAAACAGCAAAAAACUUUAAAGAUUUAGAAUUGUCAUUUAUAUUUAAAAAAAAGGAAAAUUUAAAAUAAAAUUUUAGAAGAAAUGGAUAAAAUUGAAAUUAAAGAAUUUUAUAAAGGAAGGGACGUUUUUAUAACUGGUGGCUUAGGAUUUCUUGGUAAAGUUCUGAUUGAAAAAUUAUUGCGUUCAUGUGGUGAUCUAAAUAGAAUAUUUGUAUUGGUACGGGCCAAAAAGAAUAAAGCAGCACAAUGUCGUUUAAAUGAAACACUCUCAACAAAUUUAUUUGAUAUUUUACGCAAUAAAUAUCCUGAUAGAUUGAAGAAAGUGAUAGCAGUUAAUGGUGAUGUGGCAUCAGAUGAUCUUGGAUUAAAUGAAAGUGAUUUAAUGUUAAUGUCAAAUGUUUCAAUAAUUUUUCAUUCUGCCGCAACUGUUAGAUUUAACGAAACUAUGAGACAAUCGAUUUUAAUCAAUACAAAAGGAACCCAUGAAGUUAUGAAAUUUGCCCAAAAAUUAUCAUAUGUUAAAGCAAUAGUACAUGUAUCGACCACAUAUUGCAAUUUGGACAGAUUGUAUUUAGAAGAAAAGGUUUAUUCACCAUAUGCUGAUUGGAAAGAUAUGAUUAAAGCUGCUUUAGAUAACGACGAAAAAGCCCUAAAAAAUUUGUUUUCAAGCAACACAAAAUAUAAACAUAAUACAUAUACAAUAAGUAAACAUUUAGCCGAACAAUGUGCCAAUGAUUAUAAAGAUAUAUUACCAGUUUUGAUAUUUAGACCAGCAAUUGUAAUACCAGUUUUAACAGAUCCAUUACCUGGUUGGGUUGAUAAUUGGAAUGGACCAAUUGGUAUAUGUGCUGGAAUCGGUUCUGGAAUCGUUCGUACAUUUUAUGCAGAUCCAUCUAUUUAUUCUGAAUACACACCAGUCGAUAGUUCAGCACGGUGUAUGAUUGUAGCAGCUUAUGCUAUGGGUACUAAUCAAGCAAGAGUAUCUGAUGACAUUCCAGUAUAUAACUGUUCUAGACCAUAUAAAAAUUAUCAGGUUACAUCAGUUGGACUCGAGGUACUUAAAGAAAAUCCAAUGGAAAAAACAUUAUGGGCACCAGAUAAUACAAUGACAUCAUCUCCAUUUUAUUUUCAUCUUAGGUUCUUUUUAUUUCAAAUGAUACCAGCAAUAAUUGUUGAUAUAAUGUUAUUAACAUUUAGACAAAAGCCAUUCUUAUAUAAAUUACAAAAAAGAGUUUACAAAUCAUUUAGUUUUAUGGCACCAUUUCUUCAAACACAAUGGAAUGUUAGUUCUGAUAAUGUAAGACAUUUGGAUUCAUUGAUACCUAGAAAGGAAAUUGAUGAAUUCGGAUGUUACGAUCAUAUGAUAUUUGAUUUACAUAGUUAUAUGAAGAAUUGUAUAACUGGAGUAAAAGUGAAUUUAUUAAAGGAACCCGAAAAAUGUUCAAAGAAAGGAUUAUUAAAAUAUCAAACUUUGGUGUUUGCUGAUCGACUUAUUAGAAUAUUAUUUUAUACUGGUAUAGCAUAUGUACUUUUUCGUUGUAUAGCUGGUCUAGUAUUUUAAAUAAGAAAAAAUUAAAUUAGGUUCUUUCUUUUUUUUUUAAUAAUUUAAUAACUAUUAUAUAUUUUAUGAUUUUAUUAAUAUAUAAGAGAGAAAAAAAAGUAAAAAAAAAAAAAAUAAAUAAAUAAUUUUUUAAUUUUUUUUUUUUUGAACUUCAAAUUUAAUUGUGGGUAAUUGUGUAAAUAUUUAUACGUACAUUUAGUAAUUAUUUAUAGUUCAGAAUCAGAGAAGAUAUUUAAGAAAAAAAAAAAAAAUAAUAAAAAGAGGUUAAAAUAAAGUAAAUAAAUACAAAUUUUAUCAUAAGAAUUUUAAAA